AUGCAAGAGUAUCGUCGAUCACACUACGAAAUGAAAUCGCACGACUCCACUUCAACUGAACGCACAACGAAUCGUCCGUACACAAGCACGUCUGCAUCCAAAGAGAUAUCUCAUUACGACUCGAGCAAAGACAAUUUGCAACGAUCCUCUCAGAAACAGCAACCAGACCACACGGUGACGACUGUUGUUACGAGUUCUGGUGGUGAAUUCGAUCGAAAGGCUGAAAUGGCCGAGGUACUUCCCAGAGGAAUGGUUGCAAAUACGCAAGCGAAUACGGAAGGAACGUACAUGGAUCGCGAAGGACGCAAUGUUAACUACAGACGUGAAUUGGCCACAUCGGUUGAUCCAAAUCGUGAAUGUUCACUGCUCAAGGAAGAAGAGAGACGUAUCGUUGAGACACCCCUUGAACCGGGCAUUAUUUCUAGACAUGUAACAACCAAGUACUACAAGAAGAAAACUGUAACCGAUACGACCACAACAACGACGAACGCACCAUGA